AUGACUGUUCUCAGCGCUCUCCGAUCAUCUAAACUCGUCACCUGGAAGCCCACCGGGAAGCUUCAACAAACCCUAGCAGGAUAUGUGGAGCGGAAGGGAAUCUCUCUGCAUUCCGGAAAGGCUUCGACGGUAAGAUUGUGUCCUGGAUUGGCAGGUCAAGGAAGGUACUUCGAUUUUCGAUCCAAUUUGGUUCCUGCUUCUGCUGAAUUUGCUCAGGUUUCGCCUCUUUGUACUACUUUGUGUAAAGAUGGUUUGAGAAUUCGGACUGUUGAGCAUUUGCUUUCUGCGUUGGAAGCUGCUGGUGUUGAUAAUUGUAGGAUUGAGGUAGAGAAUUUGGAUGAUCAAGAUAACGAGGCCGAGAUUCCUAUAUUUGAUGGGUCGUCAAGGGAAUGGGUGGAAGCCUUGGAAGAAGUUGGUUUAGAGACAGCAACUGAUAUUGAUGGAAAAAGCUGUGAGAAAAUUGCUCCACAUGUGAAUCAACCAGUGCAUGUUUGGAGGAAUGAUUCUUUUAUUGCUGCAUUUCCCUCAGAGGUGGCUCGAGUAACUUAUGGCAUAAACUUUCCACAGGCACCUGCUAUUGGCUGCCAGUGGUUUUCUACUACCCCCUUGGAUGAUUUGGUUUAUUCCAUCCAAAUAGCAUCGUCAAGAACCUUCUGCAUCUAUGAGGAGGUUGAGCAAAUGCGCAGUGCUGGACUUAUCAAAGGGGGUUCUCUAGAAAAUGCCAUUGUGUGCAGUACUAGUAAAGGUUGGUUGAACCCACCUCUUCGUUUCAGUGAUGAACCAUGCCGUCACAAGAUUUUAGAUCUAAUUGGCGAUCUCUCACUCUUAGCUCAGUUUGGUAAUCAAGGACUCCCUGUGGCACACAUAGUAGCUUACAAAGGUGGCCAUGCAUUGCAUGCUGAUUUGACACGCCAACUGAUGGGAAUGACCUAA